AUGGUCAAGGUUGCCGAGAAUCGAGUGGUUGAUUUGGACGUGUUCCCCGGUGAUCCCAAAUGUGAUAAACUCGCAGAACAGACAAAAGGGGCCAUUGCAGGGGAGAUCCCCCGAGAAAGAGCCCACGGAACUUCUGCCAACACGCAGAGUGCGAUCACUGCCCUUGGAGGUACCGUCGGUGGUGGAUUGAAAGGUGUGGUUGAUACAAUUGGAAAUACAGUUGGGACAUUGGGUGAGGGCGCAGCUGGAACUGUUCAAGGUGUCGGUGAUGGUAUUGGCAGUACUGUGCAGUUUGCUGGAGGCGCAGUAGGGGCCGGCGUGGGCCAAGUUGGCACUGAAGCUGUUGAGACUCAAAAAGCGAACUUGCAAGCCGCAUCGAAGAAGACGGACGAGAUUGAGGCUGAUGUAUCUACCUCAGUGCAGGAACACAGCAAAGACGCAAACACUGCUGUGAAACAGACUCGACAGCACGGGGACAGCGUCAGUUAUCAGGCGGAAGACAAGAUCACUGCUGUGUUAUCAUCUUCAUCUUGA